GUCGUGGCGAUAGCAAUUAGUUAAUAUGAAUCCAGUUAUAAUAACUUUAUUAUUUGUAUUUGCUGCUACAGUCGCAAAUCCUGUUAUUUCUGUAGACAAUAAAGAGAGUAAUAACGAACUAUUUCGAAAUGAUCCAAGUUUAAAGUCAGAUGAAACAUUUUUGCAAAAUGUAAAUUCUAUAAUCCGAAAUGCUAAGUCUUUAGAACAACCAUUGGAUCAAGCUGAAACAGAAGAAUCAAGAAGUAUAAGCUCACAAUUUGAAGGUCGCAAGAAGAAGAUCAAGAAAAUUAAGAAGACCAUCAAGAAGGCCUUUCUUCCAAUUCUAAUCUUCAUCCUGGUUAAAGCCAUUAUCUUGAUACCUUUAGCUUUAGCAAUUUUAGGAUUCAAAGCGUGGAACGCUUUGCAAUUGUCCUUCGUGUCAUUCGUAACAGGUCUAGGACUAGCGAUAUGGAAGUUUUGCACAAAAGUGAGCCACGAUGAUCACGUGCCAGUGGUCCAUAGUGGCUGGGAGUAUGACAGAGCCGAUAAUGCUCAUCUGUUAGCAUACAGUGGAUACGUUCCUCAGUAAUUUGUAAUUGAAAUUAGUUAUUUAUUUAUUUAUUAAAUACUUAAGUUUAA